AUGAUGGGACGACGACGACGACAAAAACGAUCAUCGCAAAAGCUGAUUCUUCUUCUUCUUCUUUUGUUGUGUGCUGUUUUUCUUCUUCUUCUUCUUCAGGAGGAGGAUUUGGUCGUUUUCGUGGUGGCGAAAGCGCCUUCGGGUUCGUCGUCUGAAUCGUCGUUCGCCGCGUCGUGCGGGACGUGCCAAAGAUGCGCGACUGUAUCGGAAGAAGAAGAAGACAAAGGUUUUGAAGAAAGUAUUGAAGAAAGAGGAGCGGACAAAAACGAGCGUUUUCGCCGUUCCUCUUUAUCUUCUUCUUCUUCGUCCUCUGACGAAGGGCACGACAACGCCAAAGCGAAAGAGCUCGCGGAAAACGGCAAGAAGUGCGACGUGUGCUUCGGGUGCACGCACGUUUUGAAAGAGAUGGUGAGAACGGUGACGAUGAAAAAUAAGACGUACGAACCGGAAAUAGGCGCAUCGCCGGCGACGCUGGUGAAAGUGAAAAGGAGAGAGAAGAAGACGACGACGACGAAGAGCGACGAAGAAGACGAGGAGUGGGCGAUUGCAAAGAUGUGGUGCGUGGGAGAAAAAAAGAAACCGGACGGCGCGACGGUGGAUCAAGGCGGCGCCGACGUGUGCUAUCGAAAAGAAGGAAACGUAAUCGUAGACGCGACGUCGCCGCAGCGCACGAAAGCCGUGAGAACGAUGCGGAAUUCAGUGACGAUGCAAAAGAUUCUCGAUUAUUGCGACGCGUCGGAAAUUUCCGUGCGACACUGGACAGAGCGCGUGAAGAGCGUGCAUCCCAGCAAUACUCGAAAGAUAGAAACGGACGCGCUAUUCAUGUCUAUCGCGCCGGGAAUUUCAAUCACGCAAUUAGAUGGACGGCUGGUGAAAAGUGACCCGAUUGGCGCUCGCGACGCGUUGGCGAACGUCGAUCACGAGUCUGUCGUGAAAGCGGCGGUGAUGGAUGCUUUGUUAGGUCAAUGCGAUCGACACGGUGAAAAUAUAUUCAUCGACGUGGUGAACGAAACGUAUUCGAAAAUGACAUUCAUAGAUAACGAUCAAAUGUUUGGACGCGGUUGGAGAGCGUGCGUGACGGAGUCGGUAUUCAUACCAGGGAGCGAAAAGUUCAGCAUUGCGAGAUUUUCUAACUCACACGUAAACGGCGACGCAGAUGCGAGGAGAGUAAAAACCUCGGUAAGCUUGAGCGUGAUGUUGGAUUACAGGUGUCACGCGAGAGAUGGAUUCUUGGGCAAAAACUCAUUCGGGGACAAAUUAGACACGUGUUUAAGUGAACUCGCGAAUAUGCGCAUCGAAGAAGCGAUGAAUAAGUUUGAGUUUUUCGACGAGAAAGAUGCAAAGUUCGUUCUCGAAAGAGCGAAAGGUUUAAAAGAGUUUGGAUUUGAAAGAGCAAUGUUGCGUUGGCAACGAAACUCGGGCUUGAAAAAUGUAGGCAUCGGUAAGAAUUUUCGAGCAUUCCCGUGGCCGGCCACGUGUUGCUAUCCUUCGUUGUCACAUUCGCAAGGCGAGAACACAGCUUUGCUUUCGUGCGAAACCGAUACGAGUCAACGCUUGAAGUGUAAAGGUGGGGCGGACGCGUGCAUGUUUUCCGGAGGCUGGGAAGCAGUCGCUUGA